AUGGCUGAAGGUGGAUUUUCUGCUGCGUGGUCGAAAUCUCUCCACAAUGUUCCGUUUUUUGACGCCUCUUUUAUCGAGACAUGGCUUGAGACCGAUGGAGAAGUCCCGAAGAAGGUGGUAACUCGUGGUUAUAGUAACUUCUGCGAAGGGUAUAUCUUCAAUGUCGAAGGUAAAAGUUUCAUUUCAGUCUCAAAUUUAACUGCAACACUGGUGUGAUUUCAUGCUACGCAUGCUUCUUUAAGCAUCUUAGAUGGUGCUUUUUUUCCGUUUAUUGCACGAUUCGCCACUCGAAAUCUCUUGUGCAAAAUCUAUAGUGUAUUAAACUUCCAUAUUCGCACUUUGCUUUCAGUACAAUACUUAAGUUUUGUCUCAGCUCGAACUUUGCUUGAUGUAAUUUUCAUACGAGUUAAUUCUUAAAACAUACACACACACAUUCACAGCAGAUAUUUAUCCAUUUAAUUUUUUUUAGGUUGAGAUAUCAAGGACUCCCGAAGUUAAAAUAACCAGUACCUCCUGCAACUGUGAAGCAGGUGCAGGACUCUGUAACCAUGCAAUAGGGCUGGUUUACCUCCUUGAGCAUUAUAGAAAACUGGGCUUAAAAAGUGUACCUCCUGCCAUGUCAAGAACAAGUCUACCACAAACAUGGCACGUUCCUCAAAGGACAGCAGGAAUCAAUCCCCGCGAGGUGCAAGAGGUGCUGGUGCAGCAAGUGAAACCACCGAGCAAUGAUGCAACACAAAAAAAGAAAAUACGCAGGUUAGAUGGAGUACUGGCCACUCUGCAUAAUCCGAUUCCGGAACAUUUUGGUUUACCCAAAAUCAUUGAUUCUAUGAGAGACAUAUUCAAACAAUAUGAAGACAUGCAAGUAAACAGUAUUGUUCCAGAAACUGACAGUUUGGACUAUGUGAAUAGUAAACUAGGGAGAGUAGCUCAUGGCUCAGUUAUAUCAUACCAACAACGUCAGAACACAACCAAUGAUCCAAAAAUUUACAUUAAUGUUGAGGGGCCACAGGAGCCACCACCUUUUGGUGUACCAUUGCUUAAAAGCAAUUAUACAUUUGUGCCUACUUUGGCAGAACUUAACUUUGCUGAAGGGCUUAGUGUCUCACAAGCACAAUCCUGUUUAUAUGAGGAAGAAACAAGGGAGCAGUCUGACACUCAGAAGUGACAUGAUCUGAGGGCACAGAGGCUAUCUUUGAGUAAAUUUAAAGAUGUUUGUGCCCGAAGGGCUGACUUUGAAUCACUGGCAGCAAGGCAACUAAAGAAGACUGUGCAAACUACAGCCAUGAGGCAUGGUAUUAAUAGAGAAGAAGAGGCAGCGUCUGCAUAUGCUGACAGUGGAGAUUGCAAUGUUUUCCCUGCUGGGAUUGUUAUCAACCCAUCAUGUCCACAUCUGGCUGCCUCUCCAGAUCGAAGGGUCUAUAAUCCCUCUGAAAACAAUCCCUAGGGGCUGCUGGAAAUCAAGUGCCCUAUUACGGAUUCAAUCUCGCAGCUGAAAUAUCUGAAAUGUGUAAAUGGGGUUUAUAAACUUCGAAAAACACAUAGCUAUUACUACCAGUUCAUGGGACAGAUGAUGUUGACAGGUUGUGAAUGGGUAGAUUUUUAUGUUUAUUGUAAAUCUGACUUUCAUUUAGAAAGAGUGAGGUUUGAUGCAGAAUUUUGUUCAGAGAUGAAGAUGAAAUUAGACAAAUUUUAUUUUGAAUACCUCCUCCCUGAACUGUUAAAAAAAAGUGGGGGCAUAGCCUGCUUUGUGAAGCAUAGUUAAAAAAAUCUGUAUGACUAAGCCUAAUGUUUUGAUAAGUGCUUGAAAUGGGAUGUAUGCUGCAGCAGCAGAGACAAAUAAUUUAUGAAAGGAUUUAGGAUUUUUAGACUAAGUACAUGUAACCAACUCAUGUGAACUGUAUAGAGAACGUGAUUUCGAACCUCCCUUACAAGGGGGCACCACCUCUAUCCUAAAAUUUGUAAAGCUUUAAAAUAAUGAUUUGGGGCCAUAUCAGAAAUCCCCCCUGGAAAUUAGGAAAAUUACCCUCUCACCAUAAUUUCCCAAAAGGAAGAAGUGAUUUUUUUUCUGGAAUCACUGAAAUAAUUGUAAAAAACUGUUCUUUGUAAAGUCAAAUCCAAUCUUUGAUUUAUUUGUCACCUGUUUCUAAGUAAAUGGUUAACUGUUAAAACUCUUAUUGCUAACCCUAGUUUUGCUGAAGGAAGUGUAGCUCCAAAAAAUCUCAAUACUGCCCCCAUAGAAAGGAUUGUAAAUGCCUGGAGAUGAAGGGGAGG